AUGGUUAAAAUUGGAAUCAACGGGUUCGGGAGAAUUGGAAGAUUAGUGCUGAGGAUAGCAAUAAAGACAUCUAAUGUUGAGGUUGUUCAAAUUAAUGACCCAUUCAUCGAUUUGGAUUAUCUGGUUUACAUGUUUAAGUACGAUUCGACUCAUGGCAGAUUUCAAGGCGAAAUAGAGAACAAGGGUGGGGUCAUUAUAAUUAAUGGCCACUCUAUCAAGAUCUCAAAUGAGAAAGAACCCAAGAAUUGCAAAUGGAACGUCACUGGAGCGGAUUAUAUAGUUGAAGCAACCGGGGUAUUCACGACGGUUGAUAAAGCCAAAGAACACCUAGAGGGAGCCGGUGGCGCCAAACGCGUCAUUAUAACGGCCCCGUCAAACGACGCCCCAACAUUUGUCAUGGGAGUUAACGAAUCGAAAUACGAUCCGGCUACCAUGAAAGUCGUGAGCAACGCUUCCUGCACCACCAAUUGUUUGGCCCCUCUCGUUAAAGUUAUCCACGAACAUUUUGAGAUCAUCGAGGGACUCAUGACCACCAUUCACGCAUAUACCGCCACCCAAAAGACGGUGGACGGGCCGAGUUCUAAGGAUUGGAGGGGUGGCAGGGGAGCCCACCAGAACGUCAUACCAUCUAGUACAGGGGCUGCUAAGGCUGUUGCCAAAGUGAUACCGGAAAUGGAAGGAAAACUGACAGGUAUGGCAUUCAGGGUUCCGGUACCGGAUGUUUCGUGCGUCGAUCUUACCUGUCGAACACGCAAAAAUGUCGACAACGUGGCCGCUUUAACAAACAUCUUUAAAGCAGCUAGCAAGGACCCCGUGUUUAGCAGGUAUUUGACCUGUACGGAAGACCAGGUGGUGUCUAGCGACUUUAUAGGUAAUACUCACAGCUGUAUUUAUGAUGCCUCAGCCGCGAUAGUUUUAAAUCCGACAUUUUUCAAGACUGUUGCAUGGUACGACAACGAAUAUGGUUACAGUCAAAGAGUGGUUGAUCUAAUAGUCUAUAUGGAUCAAAGAGAAAAGCAUUAA